AUGAUAUCCGCUACGCGCCGGUGGUUCAGGCGCAAUCGCACCAACUUCGCCAUCGGCGCCGGCGUGCUGGGCGCCGGCUACCUUGCUGGCCAGUACCUGCUGGGCAAGCUCUCCGAAGCUCGCCAGCGCAUGAGCGACGAGCGCAUCGCUCGCGAGAAUCUGCGCCGCCGUUUCGAGCAGAACCAGGAAGACUGCACCUUCACCGUCCUCGCCAUCCUGCCUACCGCCACCGAGAACAUCCUCGGCGCCCUGCCCGUCGAACAGACAUUGAGCGAGCUGCAGAAGCAGAAGGCCGAGCGUCUGCAGCGCAGUGUUGCCCCGUCCGACAUCGCUUCCACCGACGCCCCCUCCGAAGCUCCGAGUGCGGCGGACGACGAUGGUCGGAGCUUGAAAAGCUUCCAGAGCGAGAGCAUCGUGCACGCCAGCCAGGUCGUGGGCAGUGGCAAUGGCAACGGUAAUGGCGAAGGGAAAAGCGACGGAGCCUCUCUGGCCCCCCCGAAACCUAAGAAGAGCAAGGCUCAGCUUUGGAACGACAUGAAGAUUCAUUCCAUUGCACGAGCUUUCACCUUGCUCUACACCUUGUCACUCCUUACCCUCUUGACUCGCAUCCAGCUCAACCUUCUUGGUCGUCGCAACUACUUGGCCAGCGUCGUCACUUUGGCCUCGCCCCCUGCCCAUGGGACCGGUAUCAGCCUGGAGAACCACGAAGAUGACAAUGUCGAGCAAGCGUACGGCAAUGACUUUGAGACAAACCGCAAAUAUCUUUCGUUUAGCUGGUGGCUCCUGCACCGCGGCUGCAAGGACAUCAUGGAGAAGGUGGUCUCGGCCGUAAUGGAUGUGUUCGGUCCAUUGAAUCCACGUGAAGAAAUCACGCUCGAGAGGCUAUCUGAGUUGACGCUCGAGGUGCGGAAGAAGGUUGAAGGUGCUACAGAAGAUGAGCGGAGGACGAGAAAGUGGCUCGCAUAUCUUCUUCCUCCGGCUGACAAAGAGUCCUACGUGCUCUCCGAGUCUGGCAUGGCGACCGAGGAGAAUCCGGCCAGUCCCGAGGACAACACUCCUCUUCGCCGCUUACUUGACGAGACAUCUGACAUCAUCGAGUCGCCUUCGUUUGCUCACGUCCUGACACUUCUUCUCGACACGACCUUCUCUGUCCUGAUCGACGGCAAGAUUGCCACACUCUCGUACAAGCUGCCGCCCGUGUCUGCUGAUUCUGCGCGUGUCAUUGAGCUCACCGACCCUAAUUCGGCAAAGACCAAGGUUGCGAACACCCUUGCAAUUUUCUGCCGUCAAGCGCAUGUAAUUGGGAGCGGCACGAACAAUGAGUAUCUCUCGGCAAUGGAGAACGUGCGCGACCUCGAAGCAUUCGCUGCUGUUGUUUACAGCAGCAACUUUGACUUCGAGCCGCCCGAGGACGUUGGCAAAGGCACGGAAACGCGUCCGACGACGUCCAGGACAUCAAUUGCGGACGAGCCUGCAUUCGCCGCGCUCGGGGGAGAGGCGAGCAUAAUAGAAAAGGACAGCGGCUUCGAGGCAGCAUGGGGGAAGGCCGUGGGCAAGGAAGAGGCGAGGGAAGCUUGA